AUGAUCGGCCGUUGGCUCUCAGAGCUUCCCAUGGAUGACCCGACUCGCAAGUCAACCUCCAGACCCAUGCUUCGCCGGUUCAUUCACCAUACCGAGCCAAUCAAAUUUAUCAAAUACAUUGGCCAUGGAGCCGAAGGUAGAGUCUACUUGAUUGAAGUUCUGGGGAGCCAAUACGCCUUGAAAAUUUUCUCAAACUGGACUUACACAUCGAACAUAUACCUCCGUGAGCGCCAGAAACCAUACACUUUCCCUUUCUCUCAUGAGUGCCGAGCCUUUGCCCGUCUAGACAGCCUUGACGAGAAUGGGACUUGGGCAGUCAAAUGCCAUGGCUGGAUAAAACUCUCUGAUGAACAAUUCAAACCCCUCCAAAGGUUCAGCGGGCUGUCGCGCUGGGCAAUUGUCAAAGACUAUAUCCCGAAUGAGGUUUCCAUUUCCGAUGUCCCUGAAAUCAGACGCAAAAUGACCAUUGCCCGCAAGGCCCUUCUUUACCCAAAAGACCUUCAACCAAGAAAUUUUCGCGGUUCUUUUCUUGUCGAUUUAGGCGCUGUGCGGACUUAUCCAUACCCCCCCCAGCGAUUUUGGUCCAAUACCCGACGACGAGAAUAUUUUGCCUGGUUUGACAAGGAUGCAAGUCAAUGGGAAGUGAGUGUCAGGGAUGGAAAGGUGAUUGAGGGCUGGUUGAAUCGAAUGAUAAAAGGCAAGCCUAGUCCAUGUGAGACAGCGGAAGCUGGCGAUGCAAAGCUGGACUGA